AUGGCAACACAAUGUACUGCAUCUGCCAAGAUGGCUCUCCCGGUGCUUUUACGCAGUGUAUUCCGCUCUGAAUUUCCCCGCAACCUGCAUGCUACUUCUGCGCACCGACUUACUCGCCCUCAACGAACCUUUCAACAACCACGACUUUACAGCUCAACGCCGCGCUUUUGCCAGCUUGUGCUCGACCAGUCAUCGCCUCAGUCAACUGAGUCCUCCUCACUCCAAACUACAGAAGACAUCGCCUCAAGUGCUUCGCAAAAAUCCACACCCCCAAGCGCGAAGAGCCAAGUAAAGACCAAGCGCGACGGCAAGAAAGCGACGAAAGAAAGCAAGAGUACUGGCAAGGAUGCAAAGUUCGACAAGCCGAAGAAGCUUCCUAUCAAUAAGAAGAACACCGAGCAUUGGCAAAUACAAAAGGGCGCGCUAGGCGAGAAAUUCCCUGCCGGCUGGAACCCGCCCAAGAAGCUUUCUCCCGACGCACUCGAUGGUAUCCGUCACCUGCAUGCCACUGCCCCCGAUCGAUUCACAACUUCGGUUUUGGCCGAAGAAUUCAAAACCUCUCCGGAGGCCAUUCGUCGCAUCCUGAAGAGCAAGUGGAGACCGUCUGGGGAGGAGGUGGAGAGCCGGCGCAAGCGAUGGGAGAAGCGACACGAAAGAAUCUGGAGUCAGAUGAGCGAGUUAGGUCUUCGGCCAUCCACCAAAGCUUCUAGGCCUGUGGGCGAUGCGAGCAGGUUGUUGUAUGGAGACGACGACAAUAAAUAG